CCUAAAUUAAAUAUUAAGGUAUUGUAAUCGUGAAUUUGAUGAUGAAAAAAUUUUAAUUCAGCAUCAAAAAGCAAAACAUUUUAAAUGCCAUAUAUGUCAUAAAAAACUAUACACUGGUCCUGGUUUAUCGAUUCAUUGUAUGCAGGUACAUAAAGAAACAAUAGACAAAGUGCCCAAUGCACUUUCACAUCGUUCUAAUAUUGAAAUAGAAAUUUAUGGAAUGGAAGGAAUUCCAGAGGAUGAUAUGAAAGAACACGAACGACAAAAGUCUGGUAGUAAAGGYACUCGAUCAGAUAGUGAUGAUGACACUGGACCACCUAUAAAGAAGAAACCAGAGUAUUCAAAUCCAGCUGGUCCAUCUGUCAUGCCACCUUAUAAUCCUAUGAUGAAUCAUAUGCAAGCAAUGGGCUCUCCUUAUAUGGGACCAGGGUAA